GAUAUCCGCGGUGAGUGAAUGGACGGAGGUGGUGCCCUCGCUCUGCCAUAUGGCCUUCCGAAUCACGGCGGUGAAAGAAUAGAAAAAAGAAAUGGACGCGUGAAGCGGAAAAUGUAAACGUGGACGACUCGCGUUGACAUAAACGUAAAACCCGUGGAUGUUUCAUUUAUUUAUUUGGCACAGCUUCCCACUACAGAAACAGGAUGACAACAACACAGUAGUAUUGGCAACGUGCAAGUGUUUCGGUUCCCACAUGCUGCAUCAAAGAUGAGGAUACAGGGACAGCCUGAGGGCGCGAGGAGGCGUCUGGAUUUGAAUGCAUCUGGCGAGUUUAAGAGCGUGGAGGUCAUCCGCGGUCGGGCUGGAUAUGGCUUUACUAUUUCUGGACAGAGGCCGUGUAUGUUGAGCGGCAUCCUGGAAGGAAGCCCGGCACACUUGGUGGGGCUCAGACAGGGAGAUUGCAUCUUGGCUAUCAAUGGAAGUGACGUGUCCACUGCUUCUCAUGAGACUGUGGUGCAGCUGAUUGGCAGUUGCCAAGGACCCCUGUGCUUGGUGGUGCAUGCUGAAGGUCGAAUGAUGGGAAACCCCAUCCUUAAUGAUGCAAAAUUUGGGAUCGCUCAGAAAAGUGGUGUUUUCCAAAAGGCAAGUGUUCUCCGAACCAUCUCAGAUGACUCAAGCAACUCCUCCUUCAACUUGAGUCAUUCUGUAACCAACAAACAGAGGCCGGUUUCAGAGCCAGAUAUGUCACAGUGGUCACAGCAGUGGAGUGUUUUAGCUGAGCAGCCAAAGGAGGAAACUUCAACAUCUGGAGACGUAGACUCUGUUAUUACAGACACAGAAGAAGCCAGUCCAGACUGGGGUGUUUUGAACAUGACCUUGGUGGUGGGCUACCUGAGCUCCACAGAGCUGAUUUUGAACACCAGUGAAUUGGAGGACUGUUCGAAAGCCAUUCUGGAGAGAAUUCGACAGCUGGGCACAGAGCAGGACACCCAUACCCUGGUGAUGAUGAAGAUUAUGUUUGAUUGCAUUCGACUUUGUGACGACACUGGAGCUGUUUUGGCAGCUUUCCCUGCUGAGAACCUGGUCUUAGGCGCUGUGUGUACUGAAGACCCACGUUUUUUUUGUCUGGUCACUACAGCACAUAUUAUUAAUGGCCGUGUACCAGAUGACAGUCCCUUGUGCGCCUCCUGCCAUGUUUUUUUCAUUGACCCAGAGCUGGGAAACCACAAGGACCACACUGGGAUUGCUGGCCGUUUUGGCUUCAUGUGCACUCCAGAUCCGGAUGCCAUGGGCUGUCUGCAAUUCCCUCAGACCCCCCCAGAUGUUCUUCACUUUGCAACCGUCCUUUACAGUGACAUGGGGGAGGCUGUGGAAAGGCUAAGAGUCAAACUGGAUGCAGAAGCUCAGGAGCAAGCCAAAGAGAACCAAAGCACUGGCAAACGUGGCAGUGCCAGCAGCACUGGGGACAGUGGUAUUGGAAAUGCUUCUCCCCCUGAGGAGAGAGCAGACAGGGAUUUCCCUUCUGCAAUCCAAAACCAUCCUGGGGCCCACCUCCCCAGCUGUCCAUGGGAUUAUCCUCUGGCUGAAGGCCUCAUACCGAUAACCCUCUCCACGUCUGGCCAAAAACUUGAUCCAGAGAACAGUAUCAGCACAGAUUCCCUUUCAGAGUCACUACCUGGCCCAGAUUCUCUUGCUAGCUUUUAUGGAGGACCUCCACCCAGGCUAGAGUUCCAGUUCAAGCCCCCACCACCUCCUCUGCCUUUGGAUAAAAAAACAAACUUCUUUGGAGAUCCUCUCAGAGGGAGCCAAAGGUGGUUCUCAAAGCCGAAGUGGCCAAAAGCCGUAAAUAGUGAUCUGGCACCGCGAGAAAUAUCCAACAACUGGCCCUCCAACAGUAGUCUAAGUGCCAGCACAAAUAACCUGCCACCUCCAAUGAGCCAGAUACCCUCAGAGAGAUAUCAGUCAGCUGAGAUCAGGAUGCUGCCUCCCAGGGAAGACUGGACCAAAAAGUUUGUAGAACAGAGACAGAAACAGCGGAAGGAUGGCAGCACUAGAAAUUCUGCUGCUUCGUCAGAUGGUGACUAUAGUGGAAUCCAGUUGCAGAGCUGCUGCAGUCAGAGCAGCCUAAACAGUAAUGGCAGUCUUCCAGGAGCAGGCAGCAACCGAGGGGUUCCAGAGCAGCGUGUGGCCAGCUGGUCCUCCUGCUUUGAGCGUCUCCUCCAGGAUCCCGUGGGCGUGCGCUACUUCUCGGAAUUUCUCAAGAAAGAAUUCAGCGAGGAGAAUAUCUUGUUCUGGCAAGCCUGCGAAUACUUCAGUCAUGUCCCUGCAACAGAUAAAAAGCAGCUGUCCCAGAGAGCAGGGGAGAUCUACAACAGCUUCCUGUCCAGCAAGGCCACCAUGCCGGUCAACAUCGACAGCCAAGCCCAGCUGGCUGAUGACGUCCUUACCUCCCCAAGGCCCGACAUGUUCAAGACCCAGCAGCUACAGAUCUUCAACUUGAUGAAGUUUGACAGUUAUUCACGAUUCCUCAAGUCCUCCCUUUACCAGGAGUGCAUGCGUGCUGAGAUGGAUGGUCAGCCCUUGCCGGACCCCUACCAAAUCCCCUGCAGCCCCGCCCCCUCAAAGCACAGUGCCAGCUCUGACCGCUCCACCCUGUCUACCCCAAAAAAGGAGGUCAGAAAGCAGCGCCCGGGGAGGUCACCGAAUGAAGACAGCAGAGACGAAAGCGCCGACAAGAAGCGCAGCUUCUUCUCGUGGUCGCGCAACAGGAGCUUCGGGAAGGGUCCGAAGAAGAAGGAAAUUGGAGAUGUUAUCUUAGAUUACUGGGGAAGUAAUGGGAGGAGGGAGUCCCAGGGCUCCUUGUCUUCUGGUACCAGUCUGGAGAUGCCCACUUCCUGCUCCGCUGGCAAGAUUGAGUCUGAUAAUCGCCACUCUGUUGGAGCGUGGGAACGUUCUCCCAAACAGUGCAGCGUGCUGCUGCCCGACGGCUCCUGCUCUUCUAUCAGCCUUCGGCCCGGUGCCUCCAUUAGGGAAGUUCUCCAAGAACUCUGCCAGAACAUUAGUGUCAAUGUUGCUGCCGUGGACCUUUUCCUGGUGGCAGGAGACAAGCCUUUAGUGUUGGACCAAGACUGUAUGACCCUAAGCUCAAGAGAGCUAAGACUGGAGAAGCGUACCUUGUUUAGGUUGGACCUGGUACCCAUUAACCGCUCUGUGGGACUGAAAGCCAAGCCGACCAAGCCAGUCACUGAGGUCCUGCGGCCCGUGGUGGCCAAAUAUGGUCUCCACCUCAGUGAUCUUGUGGCCAAAAUAAGCGGAGAGACUGAGCCUCUGGAUCUGGGUGCUCCCAUAUCGAGUCUGGAUGGCCUGCGAGUUGUGCUGGAGCGAGCGGAUCCCUGUUCAGUGAAAGACAAAUCCAAGUCUUCCUCCCUAAAAAGUCACCCAACCCGGAGUUUUUCUGCGACAGGAGAUGAGAGGUCAGCACCAAAGGACUUUUCUGUGAGACCAAGUGGACCAGACUCAGCACUCCCAAGGGAAAAGAGAAAACAGAAAAAGAUUAAUAUAGAUGAAGCUGAAGAAUUCUUUGAGCUGCUGAGCCGGGCGCAGAGCACCCGAGCCAACGACCAACGUGGACUCCUGAACAAAGACGACCUGGUGCUUCCUGACUUCCUGCGACUGACUCCACCCACUUCCUCUGUUUCCGUCUCCUCCGACCUGGCCUGCUCCACCCCCAGCUCCCUGAAACCAAGUCGAGAGAACGGCAUCCCCUCCCGCAGUCCCCUCACUUCCAGCCUACGCUCAGAGAGCCUCGACUCCUCCCUGAGCUCCAGUGCGAACGGACACUCCGGGGCCAGGCGGUGCCUGCUGCCCCCUCCGCGCCACCCAACUUUCGGCACGCACAUGUCCCCUAUCCUCCGGCCCUCAGACACCCGCCCAACCCUCCGCACAGUUGAGGAGGACGUCCACUCCGACCUGACUCUCGUGGGUGAAGGCGACAUCAGCAGCCCCACUCUGCUGCCUCCUUCACCAUCACCCGUGUCGUCCUUCAAUAGCAGCCUGCCAGCAGCCAACUUCACCCCACCACCACCCUGCACCCAGUCUCAAGACACAGGCGAUGAGGGAAAGUCCAGUUCAGAAGUGACAGAAACAACCCCCAACACCAAGUCACCCACUGAAAAAGCUGACUCUGCACAUACGGCUCAGGAGGUGAUGGAUGUGGAGGAAGUACAUCUUGAAGAAGGAACACCGGAAGUGUCCCAGGGAGAGGACUCUGAGCUGAGCCUGAGUUUUCAGGGAUACGUCGCCGAGCUGCGACAGUGCCAGAGCAAAAUGAGGAAUGCCCAGAUGCCCCAGAAUGGCCGCAACCCACCGGAGGGCCAGGACUGCAACACAGAUCUUUACAAGGCCACCAUUGUGUAAAGGGAACCCCUGCACCCGCCCCUCCCCAAUUGCUGCACUUUUAAAGCCUGAGGGACUGUUGUUUGAGGAGAUGUAGUCAAACAAUGUGCUGCAUGUACAAGCUGUCGGGUUUUUUUGUUUGUUUGUUUGUUUUGCCAGAGGAUCAAUAUUAUGGUGAUGGAUAUUGUAUAUUUGUUAAAAAAAAUUCUGGCAUCUUCUUGUUGAGUUUUAGUACUGGUUGUAAUUUUGGGACAGUGAUAUGUUUUAUUAUUGAUAUGGUUUGAUAAUUAACUAUUUUGAUCCAUGUUAGAUUGAAUAAUACCAUGACGGAAGCCUGAAACUCACUUUGUGGUGCCAGUUUCUAAUAAGGCCUGCAUUAUACACAGUUUAAAAGUGGAAAUUACCCGGCGUAUUACAGGACGCUGCUUGAUGAGAAGCCAGAAAGAUUAUUUAAAGGACCAACUAAAAAGUGAGAAGCAUUAGUGAAUGACAAAAGCCAAGCCAAAGGGAUUAACUAUUAAUGAAGCUAUUAAAGUAAUUUCAACUUGUAGAUACAUCAUAAAGUUUGACAAAAACAUCUUCACGCAGCGUCCACCUUUCCUCUCGGUUGCAUAAUAGAUAUGAAUAAAACAGUCCUGUCACUGAGGUAUCUCUGAUUUCUAAAGCAUUACUGUACAAGGCCAACCUUCUGUUAAGCUGCUAAACAACGAAAAAAAAGAAAAAGUUUUUGGAAAAUGAAUAAAUAAAUCAUUGAAUAACUGGCAGCCUUCUGCUGGUGAAAACCGAAAGAUGAAAGCUCAGGAAAAAACGCUUGUUAAAGUUGUUAUUAACAAGUUCUAAACUAUUAUCAAAUGAUUUAAUAAGCUGUUACACUGUUAAUUCUUGGAUACAUUGUGUACCUUUACAUUAAAGUUCUGAUUCAGUGCCCUCCUACUACCUUUUUCUGCUAGUUUUAUGCCAAGGAAAGCUGUGACAUGCAAUUGAAAUAAUAUUAAUUAAAAACAAACAAAAAAAACCCCCAAAAACUAGCAAGUAAAGCUCAACCUUUGUUUUAUGUUUCCCUAUUAGAAAGUAGUACCACAUACCUGGGCAGGAAUCUUGAAUAUUUGACUAUAUCUAGUUUAUAUUGUCUUCCUAUGUUUUACAGAUGAUACAUUGCGGUACCUUUAUUGUCUGGUUUUUCUGCUUCUGUGGUUGUGAGGUUGUCCAAAUUGUUGAAUAAU